CUCCACAUUUAAAGCUCUCUCUCAUCUCUCGUUCGCUCCACACCCCCCCCUUCUUUUGCGUUUUCCUCUCCCCUCUUUUUGUCUCUGCAGGUGAGAAUGUCCACCAGAUGCAAAACGUUCUCGAGCCAGCCCAAGCCGUUGCGCAAGCGAAGACCCGCGAGACGAGCACCGCCGCUGCCGCCAUCGGCGUCAUUGAUCGCUCGUGAUUUGACGGUCCUGAUGAAGGUGAAGAAGCUGCAGAAGCUGAUCCCAGGAGGCCGAGGGCUGCAGCCGGAUCGCCUGCUCUCGAGAACAGCCGACUACAUCCUGCACUUGAGGUCUCAAGUCGAUGUUUUGCAAGCUCUUUCCAAGAUUUACGGUCAUAAAUAAACCCAUUAUGAUGUGCAUUGUACAUCCCCCAUUUCAGCAUAGUCAGCUGUUUAUGGUACUGGUGUUGCUUUUUCCUCACCCAUGUUCAAGGGGAUAUAUAUAUAGUUAUAUGACAUAAAAAGUGGUCCAUCUUUUACAAGAACUUGGAUACUCUCUCCCUUUUCUUUUUAAUUUGCGCAAAUGUAAGUUGUUCAUUCAAUCACCAAUUAUAUACUAUCUGGUUGCAAUGUCUUCUGGCUAUAUACUCUUAUUAGAAUUGAUUUUGAAUAUGCACUUUCUUCAAAUUUAUGUUCC